AUGGCAGCAGCAAUCACCAUCCCAUAUACUCGCGAUGACUAUACUGUUGGGUGGGUAUGUGCACUGCCAACAGAGCUCAGGGCUGCGAUAUACAUGCUCAAGGAGAGACACCCAGACCUCAAACAGCAAAGGGGUGACUCCAACGCUUAUAUUCUUGGAAAGAUGGGUGAACAUAACGUUGUCAUUGCCGGCCUACCCAAAGGCAGAACUGGAACUGCCAGUUCUGCAACUGUAGCGGCUCAGAUGAUAUCUAGCUUUCCAAACAUCAGAGUUGGCCUAAUGGUGGGCAUUGGUAGUGGCAUCCCUCAGAAAGUCUGGCUCGGAGAUGUGGUCAUCAGCGCCCCCGUCGAUGAUCGGCCUGGAGUAAUUCAGUGGGAUAUGGCUAAUCUUGAAAAGGCCGAGAACGAGAGUCUCAGCAGGGAACGGAGUGCACGAAGCUCUCUGCCGCCAACCAUUAUUAAAUCGAAGUCUUCAGUUAGCGUACAUGAACCUCAACGAGAAGGUCCAAAAGGCUUGAUUUCAACACCUCGGUCGCCCCUGGAGCCAAAUUCGCCACAGAUGUCUACGCAUAUGGACGCCACCUUGCAUAGUAUUCCAACUACCCCUCCUCCUCAGUAUAAAGAGUCAUUCGGCACCGACGACUAUUUCACUCACAGUCCCAGUUGGGGCAAUGGGUAUAAUAAGGGAAAAGAUCCUUCAAGGAGAAUCCGCCACUGGCCUGAUAUAUUGGCCGCCGGAAAAGCAACACACCGGCAGGCCCUAGGCCAAGUCGCAGCAAUCGGCUCGUUGUACGAUGCGCGCAAAGACCAAGUCCUCACUCAGUCGGUGUUCUCAAAGCCACUGUCUACAGAUGACAUCUUCAGAGACAGAUUAACGUCUAAAGAGUGUGAAAUUGAGAAUUCUGGCUCAUUGAUGGCAACGUUUGAGCAACUAGGACUCUCUCCUGAACAGGCCCUAAGCUACCUCGCCGGCACUGGUCCAUACACAACCAGAGGUAGUGUGGCUCACCUUGCUCGAAAAAGAACAUGUGAUGCUGCGCAAGAAGUCUCUAUUGUUUGUAAAGAAGUUACUAUGCACGACACCCUCGACAUGAGCACUGAAAAGUUGCAAAACGCCGUGGACGAAGAAGUUCUACAAGCAGAAGAGGCCACCCAUAUCGUCAUAGGAAUCUGGUGGGGUACUAGAACUGCGAUAACGUCCAUCACCUCUCCAGUUCAUUCCAUCGCCGAUGACAAAGCGAAAGAAGCACAGAUGAGCUCACAGGAACGUGUCGUUGAAUACUUAGGCCUGCUGUUAACUGGACAAGUUGCCCCAACGUAUACUGCUUUCAAGAAAAUCUCCCAAAGUUUGACUUUCCGGGUGGACGCUGAUAUUGGCCCGAACAAGAUGUCGGCUCGUCUCUUCAAUUUUGAUGGGGUCUGUGACUUCAUUAGCAAGAUUCCUGAUACUAUAAAAGGAACCAAGACGGGUAAUGGUAUCCGAAUAAUGUACGAUUUGCUUCCAAUCACCGAAUUUGCCCAGGUCAUAGAUAGAGAGCUUGAGGGAGAGUCACAACUGAUUCAACCAAUUGUUCAAGAGUUUGAAAACCGUGUAUUAUUCCUCUUUGAGAAGCUUUAUGCGGCAAGAGUCAGUCUCAAGAGUUAUUUGACCGAAAUCUCCCAGCGUGAGCUGGAAGUUCCAAAACAGCAUAUUGAGACUACGAAGACGAAUAUUUCCCGACUUGAUGAUCUCGAGGAUAAGCUGAAAAGUGAGCUUCAUCAAGAUCUUCUUCGCGCGCGAGACUUCAGCUUCAACGGAGCGUAUAAACUCAAUAACCCAGAUUGGGAAACCGAUAUUGAAGAGUUUGAGUCUUGGGUUUCGAAAUAUGCAGCCAAAAUGACUUUUGAAAACGAGAUUACCGCGCUGGGAAUCAAGUACACGCAUGCUGCCGAUACCAAGGCAGCUUACUCUGAGCAUGAGAGCGACAUCUAUACCCUCUUCUACAGUGGUGCCGCUCUGGCCGCUCCAAGCUGGAAAGAUCACUACUCUAAGUUCAUGGAGCUCGCUCACGCUAAGACCUCUGAACAGUUGAUCUAUGCAGUCGACUGUGAUUUUGAAGGCGGUGAAGAGCUGAGAACCCCGCGCAUAGAGCUCCGAGAGAAUGGUGAAGUCGUGACCAACGAUUUUGUGGCAGAACAACGGAGCUUCACUGGAAAAUGUUUUGUUCGUGCUGCCACACCAGCAGAUAUGGAAGAGCUGCCUGCCAAGUCACUGGACUCAAUGAGAAGAAGCGUAAGGAUCCGCUGUCCCUGUACGGCCGCUACAAAAGGCGCCUGUUUCUGUCGAACUUGCAAGAGCGCCAUUUUCCUGUUAGAAGAUGACGAUUAUAUGUAUUGCAACUGUGGCAGAUAUAGGCCCACUAAUGCGGUGUUCAAGUGCCUGGAUCCAGCUCAUGGGGCCAGCUAUCUCACAUAUGAAGAUUAUGAAAGUCUUCUAGAGGCUUAUGAGUACCAAGGUUUCGAGCAGUAUAACAUACUACUCUUAGGCGAGUCGGGCGUUGGAAAGUCGACAUUUAUCAACGCGUUCAUGAACUACAUGCUGUUCGAGACUCUAGACGAAGCAAUUCAGACUCCGGAUCUUCAAUGGGCUAUUCCCUCAGCUUUUAAAUACACUGAAACGAAUAAGAAGAAGUUUGAAACUUUUACAGUCACCGUUGGUGAAGAAACAAAAGCUCAAAGGCACUCAUUAGAUGGAGACUUAGCUACCCAGAGCUGCGUGACUUACGUUCUUCACCUGAGCGGCUUGACUCUUCGCUUAAUCGACACUCCCGGUGUUGGGGAUACUCGGGGCCUCCAACGGGACAAAGAUAAUGUUAAAGACAUUUUACAAGCGCUCAAAUCAGUUGAAAGAAUUAAUACAAUCCUGUUCCUCAUGAAACCCGACGUCUCACGUUUUGGACAAAUAUUCAACUUCGGCAUGACAGAAUUGCUUUCCCAUCUUCACAAGGAGACGAGCCAAAAUAUUGUAUUUGGGUUUACGAAUUCCCGAAGCACAAAUUAUUCUCUGGGAGAUACCGGGAUUCCUCUUCAAAAGUUCUUGAAAGAUAAAAGGAUUGACAUCGCUGUUGAUUACGACAACACUUUCUUCUUCGAUUCGGAAGCUUUCCGGUACUUGGCUGCAUACAAGACUAUGAACAAAGAAAUGAGGGACAAGAUUAGUUUUGAAACGAGCUUCCGAAAAUCUGCUGAGGAGGCGCGACGCCUCGUCAAUAAGACAAUACAGAUGGCACCACACGAAGUGCGCAAAACGUUAAGCUUGAGUGAUACACGGCUAUAUAUAAAGCAACUUCAGAGUUCUAUGAUCUUGAUCGACAAAAUCGUCCAUGAAGACCAAGAAGAAAUUGAAAAGCACAAAAAUCACAUCAAGGGCCUUCAGAUGUCAAAUAGAGCACUCGAAGACAAGCUAAAGGUGACAAUCCAAAGGCCUGUCAAGAAGCCGCUUCCAAGCCCGCGCACCGUCUGCACCGACGGUGAAUGCAGAACUGUAAGCAGAGACGUAGAUGGCAAAGAACACGUCGUAUACAAGCAAAUAUGCCAUGAUUAUUGUUACAUCAAGACGACUAAUGAGCUGGUCGGAGCUCCGGAAAUUUCUACUUGCGAGGUCUUUGACUAUUCUUCCAAGCCGUGCCUUGUAUGUGGUCACGAGUGGGACAGGCACCAGCACAUCUCUUACACUCUUACAGUUGAAGAAGUAGAGGUUGACGACCCAGACGUCUUGGAAACUUAUAAAGGCAAUAAAUCAAAGCUUGAAAAAGCCGAAGCAGCUAUCAAAUCUCUGUCGCAAAAAAUGAAACUGCUUGGAGAACGCAAAGACUUUAUCAACUACUCGUUGGCAAAUUUCGGGGCUUAUCUUAGCAGCACUGCAAUGGUGAGAUAUAAUGACGCUAAAAUCACUUACCUAGACUACCUCAUCGACAAUGCCAAGAAAGAAGGUAGCGAUGACAGCCAGCGGCAAUUUGAAGAACAGCGCCAGAUAUGCAAAGAGCAGUACGAUGAAACCACUCAGGGUGACCGGAAAUCCGACCUGCUACCCAAGGUGCCUGGUUACGAUGAGAUCAUAGCGAUCAUACAACAGCUCGACCAGAUAGAGCUGAAUGGUAAAAAGAUCAUACAAGCGGAGAUGGAGAAGAGACAAGAGAAGAAGGCGCGCUCUUUGAGUCGUACCCCUGUAGAAGAGAUGCCCAAGCUAGAGCCAGUAUUCGAGGAUGAGGAAGAUUUGACUGAAGUAGGAAGAGCCUGA